GUUCUGGGAGAUAUAGUCCUCAGUCAAGGAGACGUUGGGAGCUGUAGUUCUCCGUGGGUGCGAUACAGAACCGCAUCCUCCCGUGUCUCCCGCGGUGUUCGAGGCUGUCCCCGUGUCAGCCCUGCGCCAUUCCCUCACUCACAGCUUUAUGUGCCACCUCCGGCUCGGCCAAGCCGCCCCUUCUCGUCUUCUACGUUCCCCAUCGUGGGAUGGGGUCAGCUGUCCGGCCGCGGUGUGAACGUGGGGCGAAUUGGGCACGGGAUGCGUUUAACAGCCGCGUGUGUCAAUGAGGCGAGUCGGGACACGGGGCGAGAAAGCACAGCCGUAACCUCUGAUCGGCUGCAGGACUUUGCUCGCUCGGGACAGCCACGUGGCCGGGUACAGGGCAGCGCGGAGCCGGGGCGGCGGCGGGGAUACGCUGCGAUCCGAGGUGUGUGCGGGGUUCCGUAGGUGCGGAGGGGAGCAGGAGCCUUUUUUCUGGCAGGCUCGGCUGCGGUGCCAUGGGAGGGGAACAGUCGCUGGCACUGCCCCCGGAGAAGGGACCUCACCGCGUGGGUUGCGCGGACGUCAUGGUGGGCCAUACGCAGCAGGGGCUCUUCUUCCGUCUCUUCUACCCCUGCGUACCCCGGGAUGGAGCCGAACGGCCGCUCUGGAUCCCUCGCUACGAGUACUGCAGCGGACUGGCUGAUGUCAGUGGCCACAGCCGGCGGUGGUGCGCUCCGCUGCUCAGCAUCGCCGUCGGCUCCUGCAGAGUGCCGCUCAGCUGGAAGGCACCUUUCAAAACCUGCAGCAGUGGGUACCCGUUGAUCAUCUUCUCACAUGGCUUGGGAGCCUUUCGCACUGUGUACUCAUCCGUCUGCAUGCAGAUGGCAUCCUGGGGCUUUGUGGUGGCUGCGCUGGAGCACAGGGACAGUUCUGCUGCCAUGACCUAUUUCUGCACGGCAGAGGCUGUCCGGGAGCAGUGGAUCCCCCACCAGCAGGUGCCACAGGGACAGAAGGAGUUUUAUUUUCGGAACAGUCAGGUUCAUCGCAGAGCAAAUGAGUGUGCACGAGCACUUCAGCUCUUCCGGGCCAUCAGCAGUGGUAAAUCCAUCCCCAACAUCCUUCCUCAGGGCUUCGACCUCUCUGUGUUGAAGGACAGCAUUGACUUGGCUAAAGCAGCCGUCAUGGGCCAUUCAUUUGGUGGGGUGACAGCUGUGCUGGCCUUAGUGAAGGAAUCUGGGUUCAGGUGCGCGGUGGCCCUGGAUGCAUGGAUGUUCCCCCUGGAGAACGUGCUGUACCCUGAGGUGCCCAAGCCCGUGUUCUUCAUCAACACCGAGAAGUUCCAGACCCCCGAAAGUGUGGCCAAAAUGAAGAGGCUGAGCUCCAGGAACAGCCAGACAAAGAUCAUAACCAUCCUAUGUGAGAGAGGAGUUUGCUCGAUGGGAUCACCUCCUCGAAGGCAUUGGGGACUCUGUCAUUCCAGAAGCACCUUUCCGCCUCUCCAACCUGUAGCUUGCUGUUGGGAUCCAGCUGCUGAGAAUUCAGCUGCUCCUUGUCUAAAAUGUUUGGGGUCUGCCUCCAAAGGGAAGGAGGACACUUGGGAGAGUGAGGCCUGCAAACUGUGCUUGCAAGAUAUGGCCACGAUGCCCGCCAUGCUUCCACGAAGCCCUCUCUGCCUGAGAGCCUGUGGUGGCUGCUGGAGACUGCAGAGCUCAGGGAAUAAAACCCCUGGGGUCACAGACUUGAGCUUGCCUUGGUGAUAGUGCCCUGCUUGCGUGAAUGGGCCCUGUGUGCACUGCAGCAGUGGGGUUGCUGCAGGUUGGGGGGGUUCAAGCAAUGAUCCAGCACAAGGAAAGAUGCAAUAAGGGCUCUGAGUAUGGAGAUGGCAAAGUCUGAUCAGGGCACUUUGCAAGUGCAAAGCUGGGGGGAGUUGAGGAUCAACUAGGGCACAAUCCUAGGUGUAAUACCAGAGAUGCUGGGACAAGGAGUGCUGUGUAAGGUGGCUCCCACCCUCAGCUGUCCCCAAGCAGAAGCCCGGUGCUUCUGGAGCUGCACUGGUGGUGGUCCUACAGAUGUCCCCAGGCUCCCCUGGGCGGUGGGGCUGGGAUGCAGCAGGACACGCUGUUCAGCAGCUGCUGCAUUGCUGAGUGGUGUCCAUCUGCUCCUCCUUUGUCCCCGCUGGGCAUGCACAUGGUGAGGGCAGUGUCAGCCCAGUGCCACAACUCCUGCAUUGCAGGGAGAAGCCAUGGGCACGGUUCAUAGCAUUGCAUGCAGCUAGGAUGCCCUGGCUUAGGCUGUUGGGAGCUAUUCCUCAUCUGGUGACAGCAAACCUGGGGGAAAGGGAGGGGAAAGGGAAAAGAAUGGGAAGGGAGCAGCAUCCUUCCUCUGUUCUCCAUCUGUGCCACUGCGAUAGCCAAAUCCUUUCCUCCUUGUCUCCUUUUAAUUGAGGAGGUAAGGAUGCUCUGGGGGGGAGAUGCAACAGCAGAAGGGCUCAUCUUCCUGCAAAGCAAGGACUGGCGUGGACAAAGCUGCAAGACCUCAAUUCUUUUAAAGGUUCUGGAUACAUACUUGUUAACUGAUUUAUACCCUCUCCGGUGCUGGGAGCAUACUGGAGCAUCAUGCAGCGUUGGGACCAAGGUAUUGAGGGUGAGGAGGAGACACUUGAGGUCACUGCCUGCAGAGCCCAUUGGGGGAACACACCUCUGUGUCCUACCUAACAGUGAGAGACAGUGACUGGUGCAGAAAUCAAGUCCCAUCUUCCUCCCAGAAUUAGCACUGCUGUGAUGUGCUCUGACAUUGCAGGGAGUGGCUCAGCUCCGCGUGGCUGAGGGAGGCUAUAAAUUCUGCACGAGCCUUAUGUAAAGGCUCAGGGAGGAGGGGGGGGAUGACUGUGGUUGGAGGGCAACUUCAAUAUGUUAACCCUUCGGUGUGUUGAAAGCUGCUCGUUUCCACCUCCAGUGCCAGCCUUAGGCUCAGUGCUGCUGCUUCCAAACCCAGCCCAGAUUCCCCCCACUGGGCAUCCUCCAGGCUGGAGUGUGGCAUGGGGACAGGAAUGGAGGAUGCCAGGAGCAGCGUGUGCACAAGCAGUGACACAAAUCCCCAAGUGUAGCACAGGGCGGUGCUGCUCACCCUGCUGCUGGAUCGAUGCACUGUGUUGCUGGACCUGGAUGGAAGGCUUUUUUGGGGGGGGUGGUGGGGGGGCAGGAAGCAGCAGUUAAGGGUUACCAUGAUCUGGGAGCUGCUCUAGCACCCAACUGCUUAUCAGCUCUCGGUCACCCUGUCCUUACAUGUGGGGGGUUUGUGUCUAUUGGGUCCCACUGGGGGGCUUUGCUGCUCAAUGGGAGAUCAACCCUCGUUGGGAGGGACUUGCUUCAAGCUGAGCUCUGCACUGUGCCUGCUCUGCUUCCAUAUUCCGACUGGUGGUUUAUAAAUAAAUAAAUAGCCCAACAGCUGCCCGUUUAUAUUCCUCUCACAGCUGUGCUUGCAGCGUGGCCAGGGUGUGAAUGGGUGCAUUCCUCUAUCGCAGUGCAAGCUCUGCUUUCUGAAAGCUGCUGUUCCCAGGGUUGGGGCUGAGAUCGGGCAGCACAAACACAGCAGGCUCAGGGCUCUCCAUGCAUCCCUCCCUACCCACACACAGACACCCCAGCCCAGCAAUAAGCACUGCUGCUCGAAAGCCAGCUUUGUUCCAUCGAAGCUUGCAGCUUGAUUUAAUUAAUUAAUGCAAAUUGAGACUUGUGUUAAAGCCUCCUUUUAAUUACCGUAACAUCUAGUGGAGCGUGAUUCUUUUUUCUUCCCUUUUGCUUGUGUUUGUUAAAGGAAUAGCAAAGCCUGGAUGUGCAGCACCCAGCCCACUUCCCAGCCAGCUCCUCUCUCCUCGCAGCCCUUUAAUCGGUGAGUACACGCGGCUCUUCACCUUGCUCUGUUCUUUCCCUUGGCAAAUCAAAUCUUUACUCCGGGUGAAGUUCAAAGGAAAAAUCAACUUCCUUUAUGACAGAAGCGAGUUGUUGUCAUCGCUUCCAGGCUACCUGGAGGGAAAAACAGGUACUUUUUUUUUUGUCAGUUUUCACUCUGAAGCCCCAUUGCAGCUGCAGCGAUGCUCUGCUGGCCCUGGAUGGGACAAGAGAUGCUCCCUGAAUAACAGAAAAAAGAAAAAGAGGAUGCAGGGAAACCGAGGCACUGGAGGAGGAAAAGGGCUGCGUGAGGUCUCUCUAGUUUCAGGCUGUACAAAACACGGUAGAGGGAUCAUUUGGGGUCAUUUCCCCUGAGUGUAGGAAGCACAGGCUGAGCUCAGACCCUGUGGGAUGUGAACCACAGGUGCUCCAUCAGCCCCAUCCUGGCUGACACGGGGGCCUCAGGAUGCCUUUGUCUCCUCAAGUCCAUAGCAGCUCUCUAACAACAUCCAGCACCCAAGGCCUGGGUUGGGUUUCUGGUUGUAUUUAAUUAAAUGAAGCACUUAGGUUAGCAGUCACAACGUAGGCAUGUCUCUCUGGGUAUUGAUUUUAGAGUACAGCAGCAGUUGGGUUUAUUGCAUAAAAGACAGCGAUGGGUUUUCAGCCGGCAAGGCUGCCUUUGUUUGCCUGCUCUCACAGCUGUAGUGGAUGUGCCUGGUCUUUUUCUUUUAAUAUAUGUAUUGAUUGAUUAGGAGUUCAAAUUAGUGGGGGGGGGAAAAAGGAAUCAGACAGCACUGAGCAAAUGUUAAGUGCAGGUAUUGUUUCCAUACUGAGUGAUUCCAGGCAGCACACAGAGCCAGGGGGAUGGAGUGGGAAUUAACCCGUUUUGAAGCCAAAUUAUUGAUGGAGAUGGGAGAGAAUUGCUGAUUGUCCUGAAGGGAACUUGGGGCUGAAAGCAGCUCAUGGCUGGACUGCAGUGUGGAAAGAUGCUUUAAAAGUGUGUGUGUGUAUAUAUAUUCAAAUGCACACGUGUAUGUGUAUGUAUAUAUAUGUAUUUGGCUCACAAAACAGACAGAAAUGGUUUGUGUCCAUGGUGUCUGACACAGAUCUCAUCCACGUACAGCACUGUGGUUCUGUGUGGGGUGACAUUUCCUUACAGUGCCCAUUCAGAGGAAGGCACUGUAGGAUUUUCCCAGGCAGCAGAUUUCUGCAAGAAAUCCAUCCCUAUAGGGCUCUGCAUUGAUUCUGUAAUUGAAUCUGCUUUGAUAGCAAGCAGCCCGAAGCUCUGCAUUGAGUGUUAUUGCAGAGUUUGUUCCUAGUGAAAGCAGGCUCACUCUGGGGUUGCUACCAGCUCACCCACCUCAUCUAUUUGACACAGGGGAAGUCGUGCUCCUUUAAGAGGAUUUCCAUCCCUGAACUCCUCCCAUCACAACACUUCCAAGCUACAUUCUGUCGUGAAAGGGUGGGAGUAUUUUUAACCAUAUCUCACCAGGGAAGUAUUAAUAGCACAAUGGGCUUGCUGAGAUGCUGAGAGAGCUGAAACCGUCGUUUAAAUGCAAGGAACUAAUUAGGAACCAGGGAAUAAUUAGUGCUAUCCCCAGCUUUUCUUUCCCUCACUUCAUUUGGAAAGAGCGAAAGCAAAUGUCUUUACUGGAAUCUUCCAUCUCUACUGGAUUUUUUUAAUGACUUCUUAUGUACCUCUCUUCCACCUGGUUGUUGAAAACACGUUGUCUCCUUUGCUCUAUCCCACCUGCAGUGACUGACUGUCACUUCUGAAAUGUAAUUAGUGCCUCUCACGUUGGCUCACGCGCACAAAAACCAGCAUAAAGCCUGCCAGAGGGCUUCUCAGCAGCCCCUCUCCAUGGCUCUCCCUCCCUCAGCACUGGGCUGUGCGCAGGCGUCCUCAAAUAGCAAAGUUCUCAGUGCUCCAUAUGGGAAACACAGAUAUGUGUGCUGGGAGCAGAAGGAGGAAAGCUGAGAUGUAAGGAUGAAAGGAUGCUGAGAGUAAGGAGAGCGGAGCAAGGAGAGGAGACCCCCGGGACAGCUUUCACUGCACACAGACCCCUUCUAUCAGGCAGUUCUCAGCACUGCUGGUGUCAUGGAGGAAUCCACCAACCCUGGAAUGUUACCCAGUGUGAAGUCUCUGCUUUCUAUUAACAGCUGGGUCCUUUCCCUCACUUUUGCCUCUCCCCAGCCGCCUCACCUGAUUGCCAGAAUCUCGAGGAACUCAGCUGUUGUGCUUUUUUUCUUGCCCAGCCCCAUCACUCGCUGCGCCCUUCCAAGUGGGAGAGGGGAGGGAAUUGAAUGAAGCAAGUUCCAGUGAGUUUCCCAAAAAGCAAACCUGCGACAGAAUUCAGGUGCCUUGUCUGAUUGGAAAAAAAGUCCAAUAGUUUCCAGCAGCACAUGGGGAAGAGCAAAGGGGCUUGCUGGAGGUUAGUGCAAAGGCUGGGAAACAGGGAAAGGGGAAACCUUGCAGCCUUUCUCUACCCCUGAGCACAAGUUUCUUUUAUUGCUGUCUCCUCUCACAGGCUCUGAUUGGCUUGGAUCAAGCAGAGCAUUGGAUUUCUAGCUUUAGGACGUGCUUUACUCAUGCAGUGACCAUUGCUAGUCUCAGAAAGUACUUGCUGCUGAUAGCACUUACAAAGGUGCUUUGAAACAUUCUCCAACUAACAUAUAGGAUGUCAGCCUGUCCACCACGUGUGCUUAAGCGUGGCACUUCAAUGCUCACAAAGCACAUUUUCUCACUGGAGAUUAAAUAUUUUUGCAAGUUAAAAGAGCUGCCAUGGGCUGAGUUGUCACCUAAUUAUGUCAGUCUCUUUGUGGAGUAUUUUGAUAAUCACAUCAGAGGGGGCUCUUUAAUCUUCGUGCUACAUCUAAUCACGUCACGUCCCACAUUUACACGUACAGGGAGCUCUCUGGAUGAGCCCUUGGCUUUGCUGUUGCUCUGAGAGCAGAAUGCAGUGGUGGAAGGAGUCUGAGUGCUCCGUGCUCUUUUUAAACUGGAAUUCUAACAAACAGCUCUUAUUGGUGGUGAGGAGCCUGGGAGAUGAACAGGACUGCAGCCGCAGAAUGCUGAGGCUUUAUGGGAGAAGAAUCUGCUUAGAAUCCCAGUCAAAGCGUUGAUAAACACAAAUCAAAUGUAAUAAAAGCUUUUCACAUCCUUCGUUCUCGCAGAGAUUUGACAAAAAUAAAUUCCACAUAAACAAGCGGGUUCCAAAAAUAAAAGCAGUCUUGCAAUGAGGCCAAAAAUGAGAUCGUCUCCGUGCUCCUCCAGCUGCUAAGAGCUGUUACUCCUCUUUGUAUUGCAGCAGUGCUUGGAGAUUUUGGCUUCAAUUGGAAUGGGUGGUGGGUGGCAGGUGUCACAAAGAGGUUGCUGAAGUCUGCCUAACUGACCUGGGCUGCAAAAUGUCAGGGCUGAGAGCGGAUCCCAAUUCUGACUCCCACUGUGUUGCCUCUUAGGUAUGCAAGUUCUUAGCUGAAUUAAAUGGUUUUGGCUGCAAAGCUGAUCUACAAAGGAAGGUAAGUUACAAUCAGGUCUUUUUUCCUUUCUCUUUUGGUUUUUUUGUCCCUGCGAGGAGCCCACGAGAUAAGAUGGAAAGCUCAGAAAACAGCUCUUGCGUGACAUGUGGUUGUAUCCCAGCCUGCAGCCCUUCUUCAAAAGCAACAAAGCAGUACUUCAUCAUCGUCUCUCCAGGGAGGAGCAGUGACUAAUGGCAGUAAGGCAGGUACUGAAGGAGAAGCCCAACACCCAGGAAGCUUUACUUCCUUUGGGAAAUCCUGAGAUCAUCCCAGGAUAAGCUCGUUAAUUGUACUGAAAAGCAUUAAUAUUAAAGCAUCCAACACUGAUCUGUGUGAAUAAUAGCAAAUGAUAAAGCA